AUGGCUCGUGGUGGAGCUCAAACUCGAAGUUCAACUGAACAAGGAAAUGGAUCGGAGAAUACAAAUAGAUUCUCAGUUCUUGAGCCUAAUGACAGGCCCCCUGGAGAGAAUCCUCGAAGUCCUUACUACAUCUCCAAUGGAGAUCAAUCUAUGGUUAAUCUUGUUCCUAAAAUCCUUACUGGUUGUGAGAAUUAUAGUUCUUGGAGGAGGUCGAUGAUAGUUGCAUUUGCAGCAAGGAACAAGAUUAAAUUUGUUGAUGGACGAUUGCCAAAACCUAAAGAUGAUGAUGAGGAAUAUGAUGUCUGGUUCCGAUGUAAUAGCUUGGUGAUUUCGUGGAUUCUUCAUGCUAUUUCCAGUGAAAUUGCAGAUAGUGUCAUGUAUCUUGAUAACGCAGCAAGGAUUUGGUCUGAGUUACAGGAAAUAUAUCAUCAAAAGAAUGCUCCUAGAGUAUUCGAAGCUAAGCGAUCCAUGCAAGCCUUGGUUCAAGGAUCAAAUUCUGUUACUACAUAUUUCACUAAAUUGAAAUCCUUCUGGGAUCUGAUUCAGGAAUUCAGGCCACAACUUGUUUGCAGCUGUGGAGCUAUGAAGAUCAUCCAGGAAUAUCAAGAUGAAGAUCGUGUACUCGAGUUUCUCAUUGGUCUGAAUGAAUCAUACAGCAAUGCACGAUCUCAGAUCUUGAUGCAAGAUCCAUUUCCAAAUAUUAACAAGGCUUUUGCCUCAGUUGUACAGGAAGAAAGGCAGAGAGGAAUCUCAUCCAGUAAUGCUGAGAUGGAUAAGUCUGCCGCAUCAUCAUCUUCAAACUUGAACACAGGACAGUUUGCAGGGAGUGUGCAACCAUAG